GCAACGGAGAUGGCCGGCGGCGAGGCGACCCUGAUCCAGAAAUCCACCGCCGUCGUCCCAACCGCGCGACCGCCGCCAUCGUCGCCGCGCUUCCUGCUUCCCCGCGCGAGUGGCAACCGUGUUCUUCCGGCCCUGCCACCCCUGCCUCCUCCUCACGAUCUCGUUCUCGACGCCGGGAUCCAGGCAAGAUUCGAUGGCUGGGCUGACAGCACGGAUCUGUGGAGGCACUGGGUGGCCAAGCUCCGGCCGCUGCACGAGCCGCUGUGGCGCGAGCUCGGCAUCCUCGACGGCAUCCUGGCGACCACGUACCGCGUGCGCCGGGAGAGCGAGUGCGCGCUGCUCCACCCCUCGACCAACACCUUCGUGUUCCCCUGGGGCGAGGCGACGGUGACGCUGGAGGACAUGGCCGCGCUCGCGGGCCUGCCCAUCCACGGCUUCCCCGUGCGCGAGCCUCGGUACUCCGACAAGCUUGUUGAGAUCGAGAUGGCGGACGAGUGCGCGCUCGCCGUCGUCCGCGCUGUCCUGCUGAUGGAUCAGCGCGAGGGCGGCGCCGGCGCCGGCGCCAGCUGGGCGGAGCACUUCCUUCAUCAGCACCGGCACCACCAGGCAAAGGAGGCAGGCGGCGGCCGUGACGAGCGGGAGCAGCGCCUUGAGCACGCUGCGUUCCUGUCUCUGUGGCUGGCUCGCUUCGUGCUCCGGGCGCCGUCGUCCGACAACUCCGCCGGCUCCGACGACAUCGUCCCCGGGGAGGAGGUGCUCCCCGUCGCCGUCCGCCUGGCGCACGGCCACAGCGCGGCUCUCGCGCCCGCGGCGCUCGCCAGCAUCUACAGCGAUCUCUCCGCGCUCCACCGCCACUUCAUCCACUCCAAGCGAACGGAGGCGCCGUCGGUCUCGGCGCCGAUGCACAUCCUGCAGCUCUGGGUCUGGGAGCGCUUCCCCGAGCUGCGCCCAGCGACGGCAACAAGCGUAGUCCAGGCGGACUCCACCGACGCCGACGGUGAGGACGAUCUCCUGCCUAGGGCUGCCCGGUGGCACGACGUCCACCGGGCGCUGGACCCGGGCUACGCUCGCGCGGUGUUCAUGGCACCAAAGCAGUUCCAGUGGCGGCCCUACGACGGCAGUAGCUUCUGGGAGCGUCGUCGUCGUCGUGGCCGUGGCGGAUCAGCUAGGGCACCGCUAUCCUUUGCACGGUGUCUGCAGGCUUGCGAGCUCGUGGGCGUGGACGACGUCGUCGAGCAGUACAAUCCUCACCGCGUCGCCAGGCAGCUCGGCUUCGACCAGGACGUUCCGGGGACGGUCACCCGACUGAACACCAAUCUCUGGGAGAGAGCAUGGGAAACAUACACUGCUGAAGCAGAAGAUUAUGCGUUCGCCAUUCCGAGUGACGAGCCCGGUGUGACUGAUGAGUAUGCUCAGUGGUGGAAGCCGUACUCAGUGGCAUGCGCUAUUGCCGUCGAGGAGAGGGAUGCCUUAGCAUCAAAUAGAGAGUUAGAUUCUCUCAUGGAAGAAACCAGCAACAAGGGAUCAGCAGGAAACAAUGAGGGAUCGUCUAGCAGAAAUGAUACUAGAGGACCAAAAUGGGCAGUUGGGACGAUGGAAAUGAUACAAAGGGCAUCAGUGAAUCGGCAGGCUGAAAUGGCUGGAUCCAGGGAACUCGUUGCAAAACUGGUGAAAGAGAUUCAGGGGCGCCUAGCUAUAGACAUCGAGCAAUCCGAGAAGUAA